AAGACUUUAAUCAAAUUCGUUACUUUUUAGAAAAUGUCUUACCAAAUGAUUUAUAUGAUAAACUUGUAGAUCAUAAUCUUGAUCGUAAAUCAUCACCAAAUGAAUUGAAUGAGAGAUAUUUACCAUGUACUUUCCUUCUUAAACCACGGCACUUUAAAAUUUUUGAAAAUUGGAUUGAAGAAG